UUCCCGCCAUUUCCAACUUUUACACCAUUUGUUGAUAAAAAGGCUAUAAACAACAUGCCUAGUAUCGAAGAUUGGGUCAAUUCACCCCUCAAAAUAGUCCAAAAUCUCUAUGAUCAACAUGGCACUGAAUACACCAACAAAGUUAAAGAAUACUUCAGUAAAAAGCUUGAGGAGAGGAAUGCUUUGUCAUGUAUUCCCUCCCUAAAUCAAGUCGCUUUGCAUGAACUGCCACCAAAUUCCUUGGUGAAGUUCCGCUGCAUGAUCCAGGACAUGUUUGACCCUGAAUUCUACCUCGGACUCUAUGAAGUGAAGAACAAACAAACUGGUAAAGGUGUCAUGAAGGUUGGACAGUAUAAAGACAUCGCUGAAUGCCAGGCUGAUGAGGAAGUCCAAGUGUCUUCUGAGCGCAAUGUAACGAUGGACCGACAACAGUUCUAUUGUGUACCAAUACCAGGAGAGGCCGACUGGGUCAAAAAAGAAUUUUCAAAAUCUGACCAGGCUAUUGAAAUGCCAUCUACAUCAUCUGAGCCUGUGCGGAGCAAGCGAUGUUUUGAUGAAGAACCGAGUAGCCCAUGCAGCAUGGUGUCCUCAACUUGUAGUACGUUGAGUCAAGAAAUGUCGCCAAGGAUGGAGGACACUGAGAUGGUCUCCUCGCCAUCGCCAAUGUUUGGAGAGUCAAAGAAAAGCAAACCUGGUGAAAGUAAUGCAGCACCGUCGUCACAGCAGUUGCCCGAUUUGAACUUCCCAUUACCAGGAGAAAAGGGGCCGGCUUGUUUAGUGAAGCUGUAUGAUGAUUCCGACACAUUCAAAGUGAAUGACACAGUUGAAUUUGUUGGUGUGCUUUCAGUGGACCCGUCGAUGGCCAAGUUCCCAAGUGAAAGUGUACAAUUAGACUUCGUGAUAGACCCUCUGGAGGACAUGAUGGACAUGGCUGAACACAACGCCCACUCACCACCUUCUUCUCUCGUGCCAAGACUACACGCUGUAAUGUCAUAUAAAUUAGAACAUGUGAACCCAUACUUACCUCGAGAAUUGAGUAAAACACCAAGCCAGUCAUGUAAGUUCAUUGGUAUAGAAAGUAUUUUAUCGCAGAGCAAGGUCGUUCGUAAGGAGGUGAUAUCUCUCCUAGAACAAGCCUUGUUUGGAGACAACCUGGCGGCAGAAUAUCUCCUCUGUCAUCUGAUAUCAUCUGUAUAUGCACGUAGGGAUGUUGUUGCUGUUGGUAAAUUCAGUUUAAAUAUCAUCGGAUGUCCAAAACCAGACGAACCUCUUCAGGAAUAUGCUCCUAGAUUGUACCAUUUGAUAGGGAAUUUUGUCACCAAGCAUCAUUUUUUACCGAUGAGUCUCGACUUCAUGAAAGCUAAGCUGUUUUCCCCUCGGAAAGAUUACAGUGCUAAUCGAUUGGUCAGUGGUAUCCUACAGCUAGCGAGCAGAACACACUUAGUCAUUGAUGAAACUCGAUUGCAACAAGGUCAGCUGGAUGCUACAGGGGUAAAGAAUGUCACGGCCCUCGGAAACCUGAUUUCUUGGCAGAAGGUGGAUUACGACUUCAACUACCACACACAAGAGUUCACCACCAAUGUUCCUGUCCUCAUCCUGUCUGAGGGCAAGUCAUUGUUGCCGAGUGACUGCCGUGUGCAUCUGACCCCCUGUCUACCAUUGGACAAUAUGAGUUACUUGGCUGCAGUUGAGAGCUACCUGACCCCCUCCCUCCUCACCAAAAUCAGGUCAUACAUCGGCUUGUUGAGUCUUAUCGAAUAUUCAAUGUCAGAUGGCAUGCAGAAGUCUCUUGAAGAGGAUUUUGUGGAGGCGAGGAAAGAUAAUGCACAGAACAUGAGUGUGGAAGACUUUCAUGGACUUCUCGUUCUUGCGAGGCUCCUGUCUCUGUCUUACGGACAGACCAACCUGAGCAAGGACAUGUGGGAGAAGGCAAAACAAAUGGAUCGAGAAAGAAAAGCAAGGAUUCCCAAGUAAAACGUCUUUGAAACCUUGAAAUGUCUCAACGGAUGUAUGACUAUGGAAUUCUAACUAGAUCCGUGCCUGCAUUGCAUGUUUUGAUAGUUGAGAAAAAAGAAUCCAUACUGACACAAAUUUUUGCGAAUGUUGUUAUGCAAAUCUUGCAAUAUUGUUACUGUAAUAAGUUUGAAUGCACAUUCAAAUGUUUUCUAACU